AUUAUUUCUACUUAUAUGUGAUUAACAUUAUAUACAGAUCAUGUCUGGUCAGACUACAUUAAUAAACUAUUGUAAGAAGAAUUUAAAAAAAAAAACAAAAAAAUAUUCUUCUUUAUGAACCAUGUAAACAGGUUUUGUAGAUAAAGUUAGUUAAAGAAGAGAAUAAUUCGUCUGUGACAAAAGGAAUUGAUAAAAGUAAGUCUCUGUCAGUCUGCAAGAGAUCCUUGCUUGAGAACUUUCAAUAUAACGACAAAUUAUGUACAAUAAAUUUCUAGUAUCUAAUUAAGUGUUUUAAGACAUUCCUAAUACAUAUAUAAUUUUUUUCAUAAUUACUUUUGGCAAGAAAGUUUUGAUAUACCAAACUAAUUUAUAGUUAAAACUUAUUUUUUAAGAAAAUCGGGGAAAAUAUGUGUGAAAACAUGAAAAGUAUUCAAAAUUUGCGCUUUUGGCUUACAAUAUAUUUAAUCAUUGUGCCAUUCACUUUUUUCGCUGAAGGUCAAUUAGGUAAAUGCCCUCAUCGGUCUUAUUUAUUAACGUGAAUUCACACAAGAAUGUGAAAAGAGCAGUGGUAAAAUUUUAUUUUAUUUUCUUUUACACGAUACAACUUCUAGACGUCACUAACGGGAAGAGAAUAAGUCAGAGAAAAUGCGAAGAAUUUUCAAAGUACGCCACAGAAGAGAGUUAUUUUACACCGCUUCUAUUGGAUGGUCCAACUUUUUCUAUUGAAGUAUCAGAGUGUAAAUACGAUACACCUUUAAUUGUGGGCGGGGAAGAAGCACAAUUGGCUGAGUUUCCUCAUAUGGCUGCAAUUGGAUGGAACAGUACUGGAAAUAAUGAAAUUGAGUGGGGCUGUGGAGGUGUCUUGAUAUCAGAAGAAUUUGUACUAACAGCAGCUCAUUGCAGUCUCAAGCAUAUCCCAGAAUACGUAAGACUUGGUGAUCAUGAUCUCAUCAAAGUAGAUGAAGGAGCACAACCGCAACAAUUUAAAAUUCGUGAAAUUAUGAGGCAUCCGGAAUUUCACGUGCCAAUAAAAUACAAUGAUAUUGCCUUGAUACGACUAGAGGGGAGAGCUAAACUGGGUAAAUUUGUGAGACCAGCGUGCCUGUGGCAAAGUCCAAGUAUCAACUAUACCCAAGCUAUUGCAACUGGAUGGGGUCAAAUUGAGUAUUCAGGACCUAGAUCGGAUUUUCUCCUCAAAGUUUCCCUCAAUAUUACUUCGAAUGAAUUGUGUAAUCAACAGUACGAGAUUACUCGUGCUCUACCCAAAGGCAUUGCUGAAACACAACUUUGUGCUGGAUUCGACAACAAAGGCAAGGAUACCUGCCAGGGUGAUUCUGGAGGACCGAUUCAGGUGGUUACACCUGACAACACCUGCAUUUUCCACAUAUUGGGAAUAGUUUCAACAGGGAAAUUCUGCGGAAGUGCUAAUACCCCAGGAAUUUAUACAAGAAUCUCAUCAUAUUUGAACUGGAUAGAGUCAAUCGUGUGGCCUUAACUGCCACAGCCAUAAUGUCACGGUUAAAUGAUGCUUACAAAAUAUUAUAAAAUAUACUUCAGGCAAAAAAAAUCAUUGACAUCACAUCAUAAUUAUCAUAUAAAGAAACUUUUUUUCUCUUUUUUUUUUCCUUUUAUGCAUAGAAUUUUACGGCAUGCAAUUUUUA